GGCUGCCCCUCUGAACCCCCAAGCUGGCCCAGGUGGGCCCCCGUCGACAGGACCAGGUGGCCCCCAGGCAGGAUUGCCUCCUCCGCGGGAACAGAGCAAGCGCCUGCAGCAGACUAUGGCUCAGGUGGAUGAGGUUGUAGACGUGAUGAAGGUGAAUUUAGACAAAGUGCUGUACAGGGAUCAGAAGAUAUCACAGCUAGAUGACAGAGCUGAGGCAUUGCAGGCUGGAGCGUCUCAGUUUGAGGCUAGUGCUGGAAGGCUGAAGCGCAAGUACUGGUGGAAGAACUGCAAGAUGAUGAUAAUCUUAGGAGUUAUCAUUGGGAUUAUAGUUAUUAUAAUCGUUGUGUGGGUGACACAGGGUUAA